UGGUUCAAUAUAAAACCCGAGCAUCACUCCUCCCUCCCCAUUCGUUGCUCGAGAAGCAUGUUUGGUCCGGGGCAAAAAACGUUCAAGAUCCUGUGCCGCGCCGACGAGGGGUACUGCGUCACCGUCCGCGGCGGAGACGAUGGCGAUGCCGCCGUCGUCAUGGCGGCAGCAGACCCCGACGACGAGUACCAGCACUGGUACAAGGACAUGAGACGCAGCACGAGGGUGAAGGACGAGGAGGGGUACCCGGCGUUCGCGCUCGUCAACAAGGCCACCGGGCUGGCCAUCAAGCACUCACUCGGCCAGUCCCAUCCCGUAGAUCUGGUACCGUACGAGUACGACCCAGCGGUGAUGGACCUGUCGGUGCUGUGGACGCAGAGCAGGGACGUGGGCGACGGCUUCCGCUGCAUCCGCAUGGUCAGCAACAUCUACCUCAACUUUGACGCCUUCGAGGGCGAGCCGGACCUUCAGGACGGCACCGUCGUCGGGCUGUGGGAGUGGAACGAGGGGGGGAACCAGUGCUGGAAGAUCCUACCGUGGGGCACCGACGCCGACGCUCCACCACCUGCAGCAGCCUACGGGGACGACGACGAGUUCGGCGGCUACCACGGCGGCCAGGACCAGGAGACUGCGCGUUUCAGCUACGGCGGAGACGAUGCGGUAUCACAGGACCAAGGCCAAGGGUACGACGGUGGCUUGCCUCCUGCGCUGUCUUCCGAGUGCACCGUCCGCAUCUUCUGCAGCGCCGGCGGCGAGGAGUACAGCGUCGCCGCGAGGGACGGAACCGUGUGCCUCGCUCCUACCGACCCCGGCGACGACUCGCAGCACUGGGUGAAGGACAUGCGGCGCAGCACCAGCAUCAAGGACGAGGAUGGGUACCCUGCGUUCGCCCUGGUGAACAAGCUCACCGGCGAAGCCAUCAAGCAUUCCCUUGGAGAGAGCCACCCUGUUCGGCUUGUGCCCUACGACCCGGAGUACCUGGACGAGUCGGUGCUGUGGACGGAGAGCGAGGACGUCGGCGACGGCUUCCGCUGCGUCCGCAUGGUGAACAACAUCCACCUCAACUUUGACGCCCUCGACGCCGGCGAGGGCCAGGGUGGCGUGCACGACGGCACGACUAUCGUCCUGUGGGAGUGGUUUGAAGGAGAGAACCAACGCUGGAAGAUCCUUCCUUGGUGUGAGUAAAUAUGCAUGGAAGUCGGCCACGGCCAGGGCCGCUUCUUUUUCCGCCACCGUUGUGUUUCUCGUACUAGUCCCACAAGGAAUACCGUCUCCCAAGUUUGAUCCUGGUUUCGAUGGUGUGUCUAGCGUUGUCGGAGGAUGUAUGGAGGUAUGUCUCCAUCUGAUCUCGUGGGAUUCUGUUGAUGCUGUUCUUAGGUGGGUCUGUUUGGAUGUUGUCUUCGUUCGUGUGUCUACAGGUUUGAUUCUUUCAAUCUACGACUCUAUUCAUCAACGAUGGUUGCUGCUCUUGUGCGCUGGUCCUACUGGGUCUGAGCAUGAUGACAUCCCUACUUUUUACUACAAUAAGAUUUGCGUAAGUGUUUGUAGUCAUCACUAGAUGGUCCAUGGACCUGGUUGUAAUUUUUGUUACCUAUCGUGUUCU